CUUUAAGUAAUAUUAACAAGUAUGAAUUGGAAGAAGACCGAAUUAGCUUAGAAAAGGAAAAAGAUGGUACAAAAAGUGAAGUAAAAAUGUUAAAAGCAGGUGCAAAGUCUAGCAUAAUCUAUAAGGCUAUUCGAAGUGAAGAUGGAACUCCAACCGCAACAAGCAAAGAUAUAUUCAACUUAAGUAUAUGGAUUAAUUCUUUAGAAGAAACAGCAUCAAUAACAGCAUUAAUAAUGGGUAUAGAGAAAAGAGCGUAUACU